UUUCCGAUCUACCUCUUUGCGAAAAGUUGAAAACCCUUAACUCCCCCCCCCCCGGUCGCUCUCUCUCUCUCACUCACUCACUCUCUGAACUCCCGCCGUCGGCCCCUCCGUCUCCGUCUUCGGCCGUCGUCGCAGCCUCGAGAUCUGCCGCCGGUCGCAGCGCCCCAUCUAGAUCUGCCUCGGCCUCCGCCUUCGGUCGUCGUCGGCCCCACCGCCUCCGCCUCCGUCUUCGGUGGUCGUUGCCGCCUCCAGAUCUGCUGCCGGUCGGCAUCGCCGCCUCCAGAUCGGCCUCCGUUGGUCGUCCGCCCCUCCGCCUCCGCCUCCAUCUUCGGUCGUCGUCGCCGCCUCCAGAUCAGCCUCCGGUCGUCGCCUAGGAGUUUUUUGCACCGAAUCUGAAUACUGUUCACACAGACCGGAAUGGGCCAGAAGAAGAAGACUGCUUCAAUGUUCAUCAGGCUUGUUUCGGCUGCCGGGACUGGAUUCUUUUAUGUGAAGAAGAAGAAUCCCAGAAGGAUUCAGACAAAGCUCGAGUUCCGAAAAUAUGACCCGCGAGUGAAUCGCCAUGUACUGUUUACUGAGGCAAAGAUGAAGUGAGUGAGGGAGCAGUCCUAUGAUAAGAUCCAGCUGUAAUCAUCCGCCGUCUUGGAUUAGUAUGAUGUUGUUUCUGACCCAUGUAGACAUUAUUAAUGAACUGGAACGAAAUAGUGACCGUUUUGCAAUCGAACCAGCUGAACUGGCCGGGUUUUAAUAACUAUUCAUAGGUUGUCCUCACUCCUCAGGUGGAAACCUUAACUUCAGUUUCAA